UAUUGCCGAAAAGACUCCACGGCGGCCAUCUUGUUCCGACGGCUAACCAGGAAGUGUCCGAUCUAGCCGCUGUACUUCUAGGGUCAACUCUUUCACUCAAACUACCUUCAAAGAGCGGAAAGUUGUUGUGAGUGCCUGUUGAGACCGCCGAGUAUAUCAGGAUGGACUCAGAGAUCUUGAACAUAGAGGAGAUAGUAAUGGGACGGGGAUUACCAGAUCCACCGCCAGAAGUUCCCCCCGAAAAACCAGCAGAACCAUACAAACCCAAAACAAUGAAUGGACCUCCUCCGCCCACUGUUCAAUCCUACCAGCAUGAAAACCUGCAGUGUUUCCAGUGUUUCAUCACGUUCUGCAGUGCCAAAGCCAAGGAAAGGCAUAUGAAGAAGAGCCACCGGGAAGAGUACAAGCAGCAGCUGCAGCAGGGGAACACAUUGUUCACGUGCUAUGUGUGUGACCGUACAUUUCUGUCAUCUGAGGAAUUGACACAACACCAGCCAACACACAGCAAGGACGACAAGCCCUUCAAAUGCGUUCACUGCAAGGACAGCUUUAAAACAUUCUCUGAAUUGACAGCCCAUAGAAGACAGGUGUGUCCAGAGAAACAGUUGGUGUGUAAAGAUUGCAAUGAAACCUUCCGGAGUGCCGGUCUGUUGCGGACUCACCGCCUGACCCAGCACCCCCGCCCAGAAGUAGUAGAGACUGCAGAACAGCCGGAGGACCCUACGAAAACCCACCGCUGUAAGAAGUGCGGUCAGGGCUUCGAGGCAGAGCCGGAGCUGACGGCACACCUGGACAAGUCCCCUGAAUGUCAGCAAUGCAACGGCAGCGCUUCGGCAGUCAAGAAACGCGGGCGUCCGUCCAAAGUUGAAGAACCAGCAGCCGCUGAAAAAAAGGGAAAGCGGAAAAAGAAGGAUGAGGCUGAAGCGCCUGAGGAGGAAGGGAAGGCCGGCGCGCCUGAGGCAGACGCUCCUCCAGCAGAGGAGAAAGGAAAAGCAGUCGCAGCAAAGCGAGGCCGUCCUUCCAAAGCAGCAGCAAAGUCAGAAACGGAGGAUGCAAAGAGUCCCGAGGAUGCUCAAGCAAAGGAGAAGAAACCGAAAGCAGAUGCUGCAGCUGCUGCUGCUGCUGCUCCUCCUCCGGCCCGUCAGGUCCCCUGUCCGGAGUGCGACCUCUUGUUCCCCGGCUUGAUUCAGCUCCGCGCUCACAAGAAGGAGAAACACACCCCACGGAAAGCCCACCCCUGCGAAGAAUGUGAAGAGAGCUUCGCCCGUCCCGAGCAGCUGGACGCCCACAUGUCCCGGGCUCAUGCCGUGGGCCGCUUCGCCUGUCCCACCUGCGGGAAGAGCUUCGGCCGUGAGCGCACCUUGAAAGCUCACCAGAAAAGCCACCCGGAGGAAAAGCCUGAAAGUGCAAAAAGAUAAUUGAGACAUGGGGACAUUGCAGAAAGUGUAUGGUUUUUUUUGAAGAUUUUAGUCAGAAAUUGUCCUUUUUUUUCUCUUUUAACAUUCGAGAUCUGGUGCUCCAGAUGGUUUCAUAUGAGUUUGGAAUGGAUUUGAGAAUGAUGUUUUAGCAAGUUUUUUGGAUUUGAAGUUGAGUUUUUAUCAUGAGCUGUUUAAAAUGUUUGGACAAUAAGACACAUCUCCUAAAUUGACUAACCAAAUGUUAAAUGCACCCGAUCCACCCUUUGCCACAAAACAUAGUUUAUUUGUAAAAAACAAACUGUUUUGAUUAACUUUUUAAAUGAUUUGUUUCAGUUUUUUUAAAGUGUGAAAUGCGUGUGGUGUGAUUUAUUACUUGGUGUCUUGAGUUGUUAAACUCACUGUGGUUAAAAAAAAGUUUUUUUUUAAUGUUUUUUCCUCUUGUUUUUCCUCCAAAACAAAUUGGGUCAGUACAUAUUUUGAAGCAAAUUAGAUGCCUAGUAGAGAUACUAUGUUUGAAUGUUUAGACAGUUUGUCAAGCAAAAUGUGUUAUGUACAGCUUAUGGUUCAUAUUGUGCAUUUUUACUCUUAAUAUUUUGAUUAUGUUCCUUUCUAAAUUAAGUCUUAUUGAGGAAGAAUUUUAAAAAAUCAUGAUUAUGUUCUGCUAAAAACAAAUAUUUUGGCUUUGUGCUCCAGAUUCAAUGUGGAGUGUUGGCAUGUGGGCAGAAAUGAUCCACUAUAAUAAUGAUUUGUCAAAGGUAAAAACCAAUUCUCCUUUUUAAUCUUUCACUUAUUAGAAUAAUAUUUCAUGUCUUAGACAUUUCUUAAAUGGAACUCAUGACUCUUUAAUGCCUUAGGGUCCCAUAAGGAACUGUGUAUAUCAUGUUUUUUCACUGAUUGGAUUGUUCUCCCCACUGCAAUGUGUCUGGACACUGCAAAAAUGUAAUAAAACAUGCUAUCCCAAGGGAGGCUGCUGACGAAAUCA